CAUCGCUUUCUAUCAUCGCUUCUUCGUCGUUUAAAACCGGCUCCACUGUCUGCAAAUAUGGCUGACAAGAAGCCUCCCGUGUCUGAUGCUCCCAUUGCAACCAGGAUAGAUCCGACUAAAGAGGGUCUUUCACGAGAACAGAUGCACUUUAUCAGACAAGUAGAGAUGGAACAAUGGAAGAAGAAGACGUCAAAGCUCCGAAUACGGAAUGUUGUGACGGGACUUGCUAUCGGAGCUAUUGUGCUCGGAAUCUAUGGCUACACAUUUUACUCGGUUUCCCAGGAGCGAAUCAUGGAUGAGAUCGAUGAGGAGGCCAAGCGAGCAAAACUGCAGGGACCCAAGACUGGUGCCAAUUGAGACAAAUGUGCUGCUGGCCUCUUUAUGGACCUGUGUGUUUGUCCUGAACGUAAACAGGCAGACUCAGAUGAUAUUGCUUACUUAUUCCAUUACUGUCUGCUUGUUUUACGCAGACAGAACUGGACUCUGUUUGAAAGUGAGGAAUAUGUGUUUUUCUUCUUUGAAAUAAAAAUAUACAUAUUUUUAUUAUUUCAUUUAAGUUAAGAAAAAAAGGACAACACUGGCCUUCAUAUUUCACACCAAAAGGCCCACAGUGAAAUUUAUCACCAUCUUGUUUUUUUUUUUUUUUUUUUUUUUUUUUUAAUUCUAAAUAUGUGACAUUGUGACAAUGAAUGCAUUAUAAGAUGGCAAAUAAGUUUAAAUCUAAAGUGACCUUUUGCUAAAGGAACAUGCUUUCAACAUUGAGGUAAAAUUAAUAAAGUAAGAGGAUUUGAAUCUG